UCAGCGCUGCCCGGCAUCGGUCCCCUCCCCCUCGCCGCCGCCACCACCUCCUCCUCCCUCUGCGCGGGUCACCCGGCUCUUUCCUGGUCCCGACCGGCACGGAGCCCGGCCAGGCCAGCCGGUUCCUCCGAGCACCGCUCGCUCAGCCCUCGGGGCCUCUUCCCGCCUCUGGAGCCGCCCAGCCGCCGCUUCUUUGCUCGCUCUGCCACCCGGUGCUGCACAGCCCACGACCCCUUAGGUUUGCAGCGCCGACGCUGGCGUUCUUCUGGGAAGCGAGCUCCUCUUAGGUCCGACCCUGUUGCAUCACCGUUGAAAGGAUGUUGAGCCUUUCGCCCGAAGCUCGCCCUCCUUUGGGACCGUCCUCCUAUCUCUCUCCGCUUUCUUCUCCUUGCACAGACAAAUUGGAGAAAGGUUCACUAAGAAUCUUUCCCCGGACAAGAUCAACUUGAGCACCCUAAAAGGGGAGGGUCAGCUGACCAACCUGGAGCUGGAUGAGGAGGUUCUGCAGAACGUGCUGGAGCUGCCCACCUGGCUAGCCAUCACCAGGGUCUACUGCAACAGGGCGUCCAUCCGGGUGAGAGCGGCUGUAAGUGCUCUGGCUGCCGUGGGCAGGAGGAGCACCUGUCACAGCCCAUGUCUUGGCUUUCUUGUUUCAGAUCCAGUGGACGAAGCUGAAGACACAUCCCAUUUGCUUGUGUCUCGAUAAGGUGGAGGUGGAGAUGAAGACCUGUGAGGACCCUCGCCCCCCCAAUGGACAGUCUCCCAUUGCCCUUGCUGCAGGACAGAGUGAGUAUGGCUUUGCCGAGAAGGUGGUGGAGGGGAUGUUCAUCAUUGUCAAUUCCAUCACCAUCAAGAUCCACUCCAAGGCCUUCCAUGCGUCUUUUGAAUUGUGGCAACUCCAGGGCUAUAGUGUCAACCCUAACUGGCAGCAGAGUGACCUGCGUCUGACCCGCAUCACUGACCCCCGUCGAGGAGAGGUUCUAACAUUUAAGGAAAUAACUUGGCAGACCCUUCGAAUUGAGGCAGAUGCCACAGAUAAUGGUGAUCAGGACCUAGUCACCACUCCGCUGAGGCUCAUUACCAACCAAGGCCGGAUCCAGAUAGCCCUCAAGAGACGAACCAAGGAUUGCAAUGUGGUUGCCUCCAAGUUGACGUUCCUGCUGGAUGACCUGCUCUGGGUGCUGACUGACUCACAGCUCAAGGCGAUGAUGAAGUAUGCUGAGUCGCUGAGUGAGGCCAUGGAAAAGUCAGCCCAGCAGAGAAAGAGCCUGGCUCCUGAGCCUGUGCAGAUCACUCCACCUGCUCCCAGUGCCCAGCAGACCUGGGCCCAGGCCUUCGGUGGCAGCCAGGGCAACAGCAGCAGCAGCAGCAGCCGCCUCAGCCAGUACUUUGAGAAGUUUGAUGUGAAGGAGUCCUCCUACCACCUGCUCAUCUCCCGCCUGGACCUGCACAUCUGUGACGACAGCCAGUCCCGGGAGCCAGGUGUCUCUGCAAACAGACUCACAGGUGGCGCCAUGCAGCUUACCUUCCGCAAGAUGGCUUUUGACUACUACCCCUUCCACUGGGCAGGUGACAGCUGUAAACAUUGGGUGCGGCACUGUGAGGCCAUGGAGACCCGAGGCCACUGGGCCCAGACGCUGGUGAUGGAGUUUCAGAGUCAGAUGGAGAAGUGGCAGGAGGAGACCAGUCUGAAAUCAUCAUGGCAUCUGGGCAGAGACUCUGCGUUCCGGAAGAAAGCAGAUUCUUUUUCUAGUCCCGGAAAGAGCCCUCUUGACAAAAACCCUGCUCAGGGCUGGCAGGCUGCCUUUGGGCCUCCAGCAUGGAAUCGCUUACGUUCUAGUUGCCUGGUUGUACGAGUGGAUGACCUGGACAUCCACCAGGUCUCCACAGCUGGACAGCCAAGUAAGAAGCCCUCCACUCUGCUCUCCUGCAGCCGCAAACACCACCACCUUCCAACUCAGGUGGCUGCCAUCCACGUACAGUUCACAGAGUAUUACUUUCCCGAUAAUCAGGAGCUUCCAGUUCCCUGCCCCAAUCUCUACAUCCAGUUAAAUGGCCUGACGUUUACCAUGGAUCCCGUCAGCUUGCUUUGGGGAAACCUCUUUUGCCUGGAUUUAUACCGCAGCUUGGAGCAGUUCAAAGCUAUCUAUAAGCUGGAAGAUUCAAGGCAAAAAGAUGAGCACUUGGACAUUCGGCUGGAUGCAUUCUGGUUGAAGGUGAGCUUCCCGCUGGAGAGGAGAGAGCCCGCAAAGCCGCAUCGUCCCCAGGCGCUCGUCUUGUCCACCUCGGGAAUGACCGCCACCAACACUCGGCAUGCCCCACACUGUGGUUGUCCAGACCUCCAGAGUCUCUUCCGGCGCUUUGCUGCUGCUGAGUUCUUCCGUCCCAGUUACGCCCACUUUCCCAAGGCUCCCGGGGGCUUCAGCCUCCUGCACAUGCUGUUUCUGCACCAUGCCUUCCAGAUGGGCUCCCUCUCGGCCCCGCCCAGCCCCCUCCCUCCUCAGAGGCCUGCCGCCUCCCAGGAUCUUUGGUCUCUGCACUUUACCCAGAUCUCCUUGGACUUUGAGGGCACAGAGCACUUCAAAGGCCAUACCUUGAAUUUUGUGGCCCCCUUCCCCUUGUCCAUUUGGGCCUGCCUUCCUCUCCGCUGGCAGCAAGCCCAGGCACGGCGGCUCCUCUUGGCCUCAGAGGGGAGACUGAAACCUUCAGCCAGCUUUGGCAGCCCUGUACGUUCUGAAGCUCUUGCCCCUGAGUCUGUGUCCCAUCAGAGGUCGAAGACUGAACGGGACUUGAGAAGCCUGUCGGGCUUUACUGAAGCCUCCGAGGUUAUGAGAGAAGAUGGUGCUGGUGUGGACCACAGAGGGCAUGCGUCAGAACUGGAGGGCGUGGCAGAUGUUCACAUGCUCGUGCACUCCCCUGCCCACCUCCGGGUGAGGCUGGACCACUACCAGUACUUGGCUCUGCUCCGUCUGAAGGACGGGCUUCAGGGGCUUCAGGAGCAGCUGAGCAAGGACACGGAAGCCAUGACAGGGUCUCCCCUGCAGGACCAGACAGCGUGCAUCGGUGUCCUCUUCCCCAGUGCCGAGGUGGCACUCCUCAUGCAUCCUGCGCCUGGCACUGCUGAUGCUGACUCUGCAGGCUCAGACACCACCAGCCUCAUAGACUCAGAGCUGUCUCCCUCAGAGGAUCGGGAGCUGAAGUCCGACGCCUCCUCAGACCAGGGCCCAGUAAGCCCUGAGAAAGUCCUGAAGGACAGCAGUGUUGAAAACCUGGAUGUGUCCCAGGAAAUGCUGCACAAUGAUGGACACAAUGAUGGAGUGCCCCAGGACCGUGGUCCACUCCCACAGCAGCCAGCAGGGAAGAGCCACGAGGCAGUUGAGUCUCUACAGGCCAAGAAGUUGAGCAGAACUCAAGCUGCUGGCUCACCGGCUGCCUUGAAGUCCCCAGCUGACAAGGACGCUGCUAUGAAUGGACAAGGGGAGCCCAUACCCUUGAGGAACAUCGAGGGGGAAUUAUCCAGUGCGAUUCACAUGACCAAGGAUGCCACAAAAGAGGCUCUCCAUGCUACCAUGGACCUCACCAAGGAAGCGGUGUCCCUGACCAGAGAUGCCUUCAGUUUGGGCAGAGACCGAAUGACCUCCACCAUGCACAAAAUGUUGUCCCUGCCUCCCGCCAAGGAAGCCGUGGCCAAGACAGAAGAGGGGGUGGCAACCCCAGUGAGCGGGGGUGCUGCCCGGCUUCGGUUUUUCUCCAUGAAGAGGACAGUCUCUCAGCAGUCAUUUGAUGGCGUCUCAGUGGACAGUGGUGGCCCUGAAGACCGGAUUUCUGUAGACAGUGAUGGCAGUGAUGGCUUUGUGAUGCUCUUGGAGUCAGAGUCUGGUCCAGAGUGUGUCCCAUCAGCAUCUGUGACAAGUGUUUUAGAUGACAGUGGCAUUCAAGGGAGCCCUGUUCUGGAUAACUGUGGCCAGGGGUUGCCAGAGACCAGCAGCUCAGUGUCCGCCAGUGGUGACCUCGUCCUUCCCUCGGUGUCGGUUUUGGUCCUGAAGGUGAAGGAAGUGUCACUGGGGAUCGAGGUCCGUGGGGAGGACCUGAUGGUAGCCUUGCAAGCAGAAGCACUGGGCCUGCAGCAGUCGGGCAGUGUUGGCCUCUGGCAGUUUCUACAUGGACAGUGCCCAGGCACAAGCUUCCAGGAAUCCUCAAAUCCGAAGACUGGCCACAUCAGGCCUGCUGUGGGUCUGCGCUUUGAGGUGGGGCCUGGUGCAUCUGUUCAUUCCCCACUGGCCACACAAAAUGGCUUCCUGCGGUUCUUGCUUCGGGGUUGUGACCUGGAGCUAUUCACCUCAGUACUCAAUGGUCUGGGGCCUUUUUUGGAGGACGAGGAAGUCCCAGUGGUCGUCCCAAUGCAGAUUGAACUCCUGGACUCCAGUAUCACCCUCAAGGAUGACACCCCUCCCAUCUAUCCAACAUCCCCUGGCCCUGUCCCCAUCACUCUGGCAGUGGAGCAUCUUGUGCUGAAGCGAAAUGACGAUGGUGUGUUUCACCUUGGCGCUCCGGCUCCGGCUCCGGCUCCAGCUCCGGCUCCAGCUCCGGCUCCAGCUCCGGCUCAGGACAGGGCGUUGUCGGAAGAGCCUGAGAAGCAGCAGCUCACAAAAGAACAAGUGCUGAUACCCACAGCACAGAGCUUGGGACUGCAGGAGGGAGAAUUGCCUACCCUACAGCAAGAACUUAAGGACACCAAACAAGCACUGGCCAUUGCCAACCAGGACAAAGAAAGACUUCUCCAGGAGAUUAGGAAGUACAACCCUCUCUUUGAGCUCUGACAGCAGCUCAGCCAUCUGUGCUGAGGAGAGAAGGUAUCACCAGCAACUGCACCACCUAGGACAGAGGUGCCGAGGAGCCAGCGGGGCUGGGAGCUCCCAGGUCACUCCCUUGUGUGCUUCCUGCUGGUUGUUAGCCCAGGUGGAGCACAGCUGCAUCCGGGAACUGGGAUACCAGGCCCUACACCCUGUCUUGCCAUUAUGUAGCCUUGUAGCCCUCUGCAUAUGAGAGGAAUUUUCUCUAUACUGUAGAGCAUUGCACCUUAUGGUUUCAUGCAGUGGUGUUUGCUUCCUUUAUGGCCUGUGUGAACAAGUGUCCACCUGACUCACAUGCACAGCCACCAAAGAUCCCGUCCCAUUGCUUCCUAUGGCUUCCUGAAACGUCUUUGGCCUGAAUUUUGUAGUAGAUCAGGAAAAAGCCCAAUCUCAGAGGUUGGGGCAGAGGAGGCCUGAGGUCAGGGAGCCGGAGGAAUAGGAGCUAGGCUCAUACCAUCUUGGCUGGUAGCCUUGGGUCAACUUCUCUGUUGAAUUUCAUUGUGAUGCUUUGACUGUCUUCCUGGCAUAACAAUUGGUUUGAGAUUUAAUUUAAAUGAAGAAACAGCGCUCAGCUGAGAGCAUGGUGAGGCAGGGGAACAGCUGUUUGUACAGCUGUGCCUGACAGGAGUCCCCGGUCACCUGGUUCUUCCACAGCGCUGUGACUUUCUGCCUUUGCUAGCCUCAGCACUCGGUAGUUUGGGAACUAAAUACGUGCUCUGAACACCUCAGUGUGCUGCCUCACUCCCUGUUACUGCGGCUUUUUAAAAUCAUGUGAUUUCCACUUAAGUCAAUCUAUCUAGGUUUCCUCCUGGUACUGUGAAAGAGCUCCCAUUCUGAUGUCAGAACUCGGCUCUGUGCUGUGCUCCAAGUCCUGCUGACCCAACAGAAGCAUCAUUAAGUCACUACGUGGCGAGAUGGUCUGUUGUGAGCUGGUGAUGCUUGUGGCUGGGGGCGGGGGGCACCACCCCGUGUGUUUCGAGGGUAAAGACAUUUAUGAAAGAAUGAAGUUGCGUUUGUUGAGACUUGCAGGACUCAGUCAUGUUCUUCAAGGCAGAUUUCACCACAGUCGUCAGAGGGCUGUGGUUUGUUACACUGAGGAGACACAGUACAGAACUGGGAACAUCUUCUGGAGACACUGUUAGCAGUGAAGCUCCCUCGGUUCAGAUUUUAUAAAUGACCUAGAACUUGAAAUGCAGUUAUUGCUGCUGCUUCUAGGCAAUGAAAGGCAGCCAGGAGAGAGAGGCACAGACAUAGAAAAGUCAGCGUUGUAAAUGUGAGACAUGGCAGGUAAAUAUGAGCACAGGGAGGCCUGGGCUGUGGCUCAGUGGUAGCAUUGAGUGGCCUGGACUCACCCCAGCAUUAUAAACAAAUCAGAAAUAAAGCUUAUGUGCAUUUGAACUAUUACUACUACAAAUAGGAAAGGAUCCAGACCCUUGCUGAGGGAGGAGGGACGGUCGUGAUGCUGGGCCCGGCCCUGCUCCCGACGUCAUUAGGAAGGCACUGCUGGCUGCGAGAGCAGCAUCUCCUGCAGAAGUGCGGGAGGGACUUCACCCCACACUGGACAUUCCUAUUGCUUUAUCUAGGACAUAGAGAAGGGAACAGAGGUUCAGAGGACAGGGAGAGUGCACUGGAAACGGAGACUGUUCUGCAGAGAUGAAAGUUGAGGGGAGCAGGUGACCACACACUCUGUCAUGAAUGGGGGGAACCCAGUCUUGAAACAUUAGCUCUAGGGCUGUCAUCGCCUCAGGGAAAAGAAAGCACUUUUAGUAAAGUCAGAAACCUGCAGAGCUUCUUUGAGAAGCGGCAUCUGUAGAGGGAAAGCCAGUGACAGAAAGUCGACUCAUUCACCGUCAGGGUCACUUGAGGUGACUUAAAAGUCACAUCCCUUCCUUUGUGUCUGCCUCACCCCUCCGGCAUCCCUUCGUGAGAAGAUGUGGACUAACACCUACUGUGCUUUUCCCUCAAGCUUGCAGUGGAAACGGUUUUGUCAGGGAAAAUGCCUUAGUGGCCAGAGUUAGAUUUCUGAGCUGAGAGGGUCUGGGGUUCUUGUCUGUGUGCAAAUGGAGACAGAGUUUUGGCAUGUGUGGUGACUUUGGCUUUUAUGUCAGGAAGUCAUCCCUCAGGAAACAUGGUACAAGUAUUAUUCCAUGGGAUUGUCAAUGAUGUCAUCUCUGAUAAUUCAGUCCCCCCUUUUAUUGGGGCAUUGUACAGGACUCACGAUGAGACAUGAACUGGCUGUGAGUAUUUAGGGUGGAGAGCAGAGUGCAGAGUCGGGCACAGCUCUGCUGUGAGCUGCAGUUUGUAACAUGAAGUAAUACCUCGAGAAAACUGGAGGGACAGCAACACUGUCCCCAGAGACUUCAGCCACUGCACACCGUCCUCUCAGCUGCAAAGCACUUAAUGCAGCCGCGACUGUCCAGAUUUCCUGUUUACAUGCCUGCACUGGGAGUGUGCAUUCGUGUGUGGACUCCAGCUCAGGCCUCUAGUUGGGCUGCAGCAAUGGCUGUCCAUGUCUACUUCACUGGAAUGAUGAACUGAUCCUGAAAAUCCAACAUGGGUUCUCUUUCCCAAAGAGCUGUUUUUACUGUGCCAUGGGCUGUAAGCACCACCACUGUUCUGUGCUCUGAGGGGAUGGUACCUAUGAAUGAGCUAGAGAGAGAUGACACCACAUCUUACAGACCCCAUAACUCAAAUGUCUGCUGUUAAAUUCAUGUUAUUUUCCCUUAGGGGCUCAAGAGAUUGAGCCCUUCAAAGAAGCAGUGUGAAUUCUCCUGGGUAGGAGCUUUCUAUUCCAAACUCCUCCUUCCAUCUUUAUGCCUAAACUUCUAAUGUCAGUCACACCAGGCCACAAAAUUGAAAACAGCUAUUUACUACCCAAGCUAGUAGAGUAACAUCUGGUUGCGAGCUAUGACAGCUGUAACUUAAGUGACUAACUCCUGGAGACUCAGCCCUAAGCCUGCCCAGGCGCCCCACAUCUUCUGCCAGGCCGGUCCAUUUCCCCAGGGUAGGUAUGGAGAGUGGCUUUCAGUGGUGAGGCAUUUUGCCCAAUGGCACAAGGAAGCGCUCUAACAGUGACGUCUUUCUAAGUGGCCAGACUUGGGAUUUGAGCUUUCUGUCCUGCUAGUAUGUUCUUGCCUUAUCUGGUGUCCUCUAUGUUAAGAAUUUCCUAUUAGAAUUGAGAGGAAACUUUUGUCAGUUCACUAGUUUUUGGUCAAGAUUUAGCCUGAGUCUCCCAACAGUCUAUGUGGAGUGCUCCCCUGGCGUCUUCUGCUUUGGCUAAGCCAAUGAGUUUUAAUAUAAUCUACUAAAAGUCAGAUCUGUCCAAUUACGUGAGUCUGAGCUGUUUCCCUAACUCAGGGUGCUAAAAACAAGACAUGCUCAGGAAAGCUUCAGAAGAGAACAGCUUCCAAGCCUCCUUCCUGUGACACUCAACAGUGGAUGGGAAGCAGGCCAAUGGAUUGAUUGCCAAUUAUAUCAGGUAGCCUUACUGCUAAUCACUGUCAAUAAAGUCACUUCAUUCUCUGAGGAAAGCAGUGAGAGUGUAUACAAGGAACUGGAAUCCUAGUCAGUAUUAGGAAAUCUUAAUGUUGCAAUAUCUAAUCAAACCCUGAGUGUACUGGUUCUGUGAACCACCUGAAAAGCAAAUUAAAAAAAUUAAACAGCA